AUGUCAAAGGGAAAAGUUUUAAUUGCAUACUCAGGUGGUUUAGAUACCAGUGUUAUCCUUUGUUACUUGGUUGAACUCGGAUAUGAGGUCAUUGCAUUCAUGGCCAAUAUAGGUCAAGAGGAAGAUUUCGAAGCUGCUGAGAAAAAAGCUUUAGCAAUUGGUGCAUCAAAGUUUAUUCUUGCUGAUGUGCGUAAAGAAUUUGUUGAAAAAGUUUGUUUUCCUGCUAUUCAAACCAAUGCUAUCUAUGAAAACACGUAUCUUUUGGGUACUUCAUUAGCCAGACCUGUUAUUGCAAAAGCCCUCAUCCAAGCUGCUGAAGAAAAUGGAUGUUUUGCAGUUAGUCAUGGUUGUACCGGAAAAGGUAACGAUCAAGUUAGAUUUGAAUUGAGUUUUUAUGCUUUGAAGCCAGAUAUUGUGGUCAUUGCUCCAUGGAGGGAUCCUGCAUUCUUCAACAGAUUUGCCGGAAGAAAUGAUUUGUUGGAGUAUGCAGCUUUGAAAAAUAUUCCGGUUUCACAGACCAAAGCAAAACCAUGGUCGACUGACGAAAACUUGGCUCAUAUUUCAUUUGAGGCUGGAAUUUUGGAGAACCCCAAUACCACCCCUCCAAAAGAUAUGUGGAAAUUGACAGUUGAUCCAACCGAUGCCCCAGACAAGCCUGAACAUUUUUCAGUUGUUUUUGAAAAGGGUUUGCCUGUUAAAUUGAUACUAGAUGAUCAAAAGAAAACUAUAACUGAACCUGUUGAGUUAUUUACCGAGGCUAACGCUUUGGCCAGAAGAAAUGGUGUUGGUAGAAUUGACAUUGUUGAGAAUAGGUUUAUUGGUAUAAAAUCAAGAGGUUGUUACGAAACCCCAGGAUUGACUAUUUUGAGAAAUACUCAUAUCGACUUGGAGGGAUUGACUUUGGACCGUGAAGUGAGAGCUAUUAGAGAUCAAUUUGUUACUCCAACUUGGGCCAAGAUUUUGUACAACGGCAUGUAUUUUACCCCAGAAGGAGAAUAUGUUAGAUCUAUGAUCCAGCCUUCUCAAAACACGGUGAAUGGUGUUGUUAGAGGUGCUUGUUAUAAAGGAUCUGUUACAAUUUUGGGUAGAUAUUCAGACACAGAGAAAUUGUACGAUGAAACAGAGUCUUCCAUGGAUGAGCUCACUGGAUUCUCACCAGAAGACACUUCUGGUUUCAUUGCAGUUCAAGCUAUCAGAAUCAAAAAGUACGGUGAAGCUGCCAGGGAAAAAGGUGCUCGCUUAGAGCUUUGA